AUGAAAUCGAAUUCGAAGCGUAAGGGACGAUCCUCUCUUACGAAUAUUGUUCGCAAACCUCAUGUUUCACAUCAAGGGGUAAUUUUUCGUGAAGUACCUGGUCCUGCUUCACCGUUUUCGAAAAAGCGAAUAGUUGCUGACAUAACAAAACAAAUCUCACAGAAGAAACAGCGUAGGGUGAUUCUUUCAUCAGAGUCUACUGCAUAUGAGGGUGAGAUUAUUCCCGAGACAUCUGAGGAAGCUUUGAUUAAAGAUUCUUCUAAACUGGAUACUUCUGUUAGUACACCACCCGAAGCUUCGAUUGCCAAAAUAGUUACUGUGGAGGCACGAACUUCAGACAUCCCUGUAAACAUAUCUGAAAUGGAUACAAAUGUCAUCAUGGGAGAUGACGAUUCGAAUAAAGCAGCAAAAGGUAACCCUUUGAGUGUUGUUUCCGAUUCUUCCAUUUCUUUACCUCCACAGAUUACUCUCAUUGUUCCUAUAACAUCCACAACUGAUUCUCCAACCUUUGCAAACAUUCUUUCACAACCUUUCACAACUCUUUUUCCUUCACAAUCAACUGAUCCACCAACCACUACUUCUCCGAUAAAAGAUUCAUUCAUGGAUACGGAAAAUGAGUCUGAAGGUUUUGGAGGAACCUUUGAGAAUCUAGAGUUUGAUGAUGAGGAAACAGACUUCCCAGAUCAUAUGCUAAUGACGAUGAAACAGUUCAAAAUCUUGAAUACGAAGCUCAAUUCGAUUAUUCAAUCUCUAGUUGAUCUUGGUGGAGUUCAUUAUGUAUCAAAUCUUGAAGUUGAUGGCAUGUUGUCCUUACUUGAAGGAAGAUUAACCACAAAAGUCUCUGGAAUGUUGAAAUAUUCAGAGUCUCGUUUGUUGGAGAAGAUUGAUCAUUGCGAUCAAAAUAAUGAAUUACGAGUGAAUUCUUAG